CGGUCUGGUUUGACGCCACAUGUGAUCUCUGCGUUGUGUUAUGUUGUGUAAAUGAGAACGACUUCUUUCUUGCCAACCAGGAUUUAUUCUCUGUGCAAAACAGAAUAUAAUAAUUAAAGCAGGAAAUGGCUUCAUCAGCUUUCUAACUUCACACUUCUCCUCAGUGGGGCCUGAAGCUAACUCAGGAAAGUAUACAGAGUUCUAAAUUGUAUUGUUUGUUAUGUAAGUGUAAAUUAAUGGUUAUAUUUGUGUAUAUUGGUUUACAAGGAAAAACUGGUUUGCCACCAUGGAUAGAUGUAUAUCUGUUAAUUGUAUUAUUUAGAACUCUGUAUACUUUCCUGAGUUAGCUUCAGGCCCCACUGAGGAGAAGUGUGAAGUUAGAAAGCUGAUGAAGCCAUUUCCUGCUUUAAUUAUUAUAUUCUGUUUUGCACAGAGAAUAAAUCCUGGUUGGCAAGAAAGAAGUCGUUCUCAUUUACACAACAUAACACAACGCAGAGAUCACAUGUGGCGUCAAACCAGACCGGUUACAGUGGUGCCGUGACCCGGAUUCACAGUGCUUCAGACUGUUCCAUCGUCGUUCCUGAGGCUGUGGAUCAACACCAGCUUGGUCACCAGAGGUUGCUACACGCCACACACUUACUUUCAUGUAUUGAAGAGAAGGAAUUAGAUAGAGGAAACUGUUUUUUUUGUUUUGUUUUUUUCUCUCUGUAAUUAUUUUUACAUUCAUUGUUUAGAGAGUACAUUUGUCAUUUCUGUAUUUUAUUGUAUACUGAAUUUUGAAGUUUGGUAUACAGGGUUAAAAAUGACAUAUGUUACUGGUAAAAUGGAUGAGGACAAUGUUCUAACUGACAGUUUUAGUUUCGGUUUUGGAAGAGGGAAACCCAUCAGCGGGUACCCUUUUAUACCAGUCAGAGGUACAGCUAAUGUAGAUUCGCCAGCUUUUUGUUCUACUCGCUUGCCAGGUCAUGUAGCAUCACCUCAGAGGGAGGAGGAUUCACAUUCAAGCCUUCCAGAUACAAAUGAUGCAGCUUUAAAUAACCUGAUAACACACAUUGCUCAGCAGGUAGGACAGACUAUAAGAGAUCAGUUAAGGGGGGAAUGUGAAGAGAGGGGUGUUGGAGCCACACCAGCUCAGAGCGGUGUUGGCCAGUUACCCAGUGACCACACUUACCUCAACUUGACUGGUGCAAAGUUAGUGUUGCAGUCAGAUGUGAGAGAGCCUCCAGUCUUCAGAGGAGAUGGAUCUGACAAGAAUACAGUCUGUGAGUGGGAAGAGUUAAUGGGAGUGUAUUUCAGGAAACGAGCCACACCUCUGAGAGAACAGCACAUUGAGAUCAUGUCUAAGUUAAUGGGCAAGGCUAAAGACAUAGUGAGGAUAACUCUGAGGAGCUGCCCAUCCAUGAAGCCUCAAGAUAACCCACAAUUGAUCUAUGACAUCCUCAGACAACACUUUAGUGAUGUGACCUAUUCAUGUAUGCCCAUGGCUGAUUUCUACAGUACAGUUCCAGUGGCAGGAGAGUCCUCCGUAGAGUACUGGCUUCGGCUAAACAAGGCAGUUGAUGCAGCGGAGGAGGGCUUGAAGAGGCUAGGGCGGAAGAUGGAGGAUUCUUGUCAGGAAGUAGCGAUGAUGUUUGUCAAAUACUGCCCAGAUCCCACCCUUGCUGCUGUUUUCAAGUUUAAGGCACCAGAUAAGUGGACAGCUAGUGAAAUCCAAGAGCAUAUUGAUCGCUACCAAACUGAAAUGAAAGAACAGGUGCUUUCCAAAUCAAAGAGAGUUAAACCAGUGACAGUUCAUGUCCAGGUUUCCGCACCUGACGUUUCAGAGAUAGUAUGUCACCCACGGGAGCCAUCUAUGCAAGGUGAGGACAGCACAGCAUCCAAGCCCUCUUGUAAUGAUGACUGUAUGAAAAUGUUAGUCAGUUUAUUUGACAGAGCAUUGUCACAGAACAACCAGGUUACACACAAACCACUCCCCUCUGAUCCAUUUCAACCGAAAGCCUGCAGGGUCUGCCAGUCUCUAGAUCAUUCCACCCUUGCACACUGCAGGCAGAAACGCCUCUGCUUAGUGUGCUUCGAGCCAAACCACAUCAAGAAGAACUGUCCUAACCGUCAGGCUGGCCGAGGUUCUCCGGCUUUCCCGCCACAGAAUUCUCAACCUUUAAACUAACUGGCCCGCAUUUAGUGAGGGAAUGUGUGGGAAACAGAGAAGAAACCCUCAACAGUGGUGAUAUUGAA